AUGACACGUGCAUUGGGAGAUUAUUCAUUAGAUAAACAUAUUAUACCAGCUUUACCUGAUAUAAUUCAAUAUCGAAGAGAUUCAUCAGCAUCAUUUGUUAUAAUUGCUUCGGAUGGAAUUUGGGAUGUUAUCAAUAAUGAACAAGUUGCAUUAUUUGUUUCUCAACGAGCAUCAAAUAAAAGUUUAUCUGAAAUAAUAUCAGAUUUAUUUGAUAAAUGUUUACAAGAAUAA